AUGAUGAUUGUUCUCGGGUUCUGGACGUUCAUCAUCUUCAACGUCGUCUUGCACAUCGCGUUCGCCGUGAUUGUCCACCUGUUCCUGUAUGGCGAAGGCGGCAUAUUCCCGACUUCGGAUGCCUGCCCCCCAGCCGAGUCCACCAUGGACAGCUCAUGGGAGGAGCCUCUCGAAUCCGGCGACGAGGCAGUCGAGAUUGUUGGCCCCGAGAAACCAACCAUCGAGCAUGCGGGUAAUGACCUUCAGACAGCCAGCGGCGAUGGCGAACCCCCCUCACAGAGCGAGCCCGGCACUCCACAAGGGGACCGGCCCGUCGACCAGGCCCAGGAUGGUGCCCACGACGCGGACGGCCCCGAUCUCUCCGUCGUCGUCGUCAGGGUCGGCAGUGACACGAAGCUCGGCUACCUAUUCGAGGCCCUCUCCAGGAACCUAUCAGCGGAGACGAACAACCACCCGGAAGAACAGGUCCCAUCGUCGACCAACCAGCAGCACAAUUCCGCCACGGCCGCCACCAUCGGGGCACUCGAGAUCCUCGGGAUGGUCGGGCACGAGGUCCUGCCCGCACGCGAAGCCGACGAUACCACGCUGCCCGACUUCGCGGAUAUCAUCAGGCAGCGCCUGGGCGACUCGGGGGACCUGAUCUGCGGCAUGGUGAUGCUGCGUAAGAGGGACGCGGACCGCAAGCUGUGGGGACUUGUGUAUGAGCCACGCCCGGCGGACGAGACACCCGGCGUCCCCGACCCUUCUGAGCAGGCGGCGCGAGAGAUCCCCUCGCCGGCCACGGAGUGA